CGGACUAUCGGAGCACAUACACACGCACGCCUAUUACGCCUCUCGCCUGCGAGGUGCGAGCUCCUUCACCUGCCGCCGGGAACCGCCCGCGGGGCGCCGCUCAAGCCGCCGCCUCAGAAUCACCUUCCACCCCUCUCUCUGAAAUCAUCGACCCGUGGCCGCAUCCCGAGAGCAAGCGCACGUGCCCAUGGCGGAGACCAAGGAGGGAGAGUACUACACGGAGGAGGAUAUGGGCGAUGAGGAGGAGGAGGAGGUUCAAGGCCCGGGGAGCGGAGGCGAGGAGGAGGAAGAAGGGGGCGGCAAGAAGAGGAAGCGGCCGCUGGACGGCUUCAGCAAGCGCGGGGUGUGCUACCUCAGCCGCGUUCCUCCCCACAUGAACCCGUCGCACGUCCGCCAGAUGUUCUCCAAGUACGGCGAGGUGCAGAGGAUCUACUUCGUCCCCGAAAGUCAAGGUCAUCGCAAGCAUAGUAAUGUUCGAGCGAAGGCUUACUCUGAAGGGUGGAUCGAGUUUGCAAAGAAAAGUGUUGCGAAGAGGGUGGCUAAUCUGCUCAAUGGUGAACAAAUCGGCGGGAAGAAAAGAUCUUCCUUCUAUUAUGACAUUUGGAACAUAAAAUAUCUCAGGAAGUUCAAAUGGGAUGAUCUGGUUGGUGAAAUAGCUGAGAAGACUCAUAUCAGGGAGCAGAAACUAAACUUGGAGAUAACUGCUGCAAAGAAACAACGUGAUCACUAUCUCUCUAAUGCUGAAAAGUCCCGUACACAAAAAAUUAUUCGAGAGCGCAUUAGAAAGAAGCAGAAGACUGAAGGCAAAGAAUCCAAUAAUGUUCACGAGUCAAAAAUCGACCGUCCAAUUCGUCAGCAGACUAGACCAGUUGAGGAGAGAGGUCCCAAAACAAAGCCAAAGCUCUCAAAAAAUAUUUUAGCCGGAGUAUUCGGUGGUCCAUCAUCAUGAUCGGUUUCAAUUUCUAGGCAUGGAUUGAGCACAUCAAACUGAACGUUCUAGCACAAGAUCAAUUGUCUCCAUCGCCGCCUGCUCCGUUUUUUUGUAGAUUAGGUUGUCCUAUUUUGUAACUCAGGUUCCGCCUUUAUAGUAUUAUCGUAGCUGCUGUGCUGUGCCUGUGCUUGGGAGGUCUCACUACAACGGACGCUGAUUGCCAUUUGCCAGUGAUGUAUUGUUUCUGCAGUAAUACUGAAACAGAUUUACACUGUACUGAUUUGAAACAAUACAGCAAUAUUUGCUUAUGGUAUUAGCUGGUCAUAUGUCACUGUUCUUA